GUUCCAAAUGGUUGCUCUUAACGUUGAAUCGGUCUGGUUUUUAAUAAAAUAAUAAACAACAGAUUGAUUACCGUGCAAUGAAGCCAAAAUGUUGAGUCCAGAGCAAUUUAACUAAGUAUCCCUCUAAGACAGUGUCCUUUAGUUAAUUUUUCUUCUUCUUCUUUUUUUUUUUUUUUUGUGUGUGUCUGCCAAGCCAGAAAUAAUAUAAAGCUACUUACAAACAAGUUCUCAACCCCAAUUUGGCCUAGCUUCUAAGAGCUACAAUGGCCAACACGCCUUCAAUUUCUGAAGAGUUUUCCCCUAAACUUUCGCCUACAAAACACACUAUUAUGGAAGUGGUCUCCCCUAAACUUUCACCUACAAAACACACUAUUAUGGAAGUGGUCUCCCCUAAACUUCCACUUCCUACAAAAUACUCUAUUAUGGAAGAGGCAAAAGCUAGUCGUUCACGAGAAUUUCACAUUAACCAUGACAUCCCUCCAUCAAACUUACAAAAGACUGUUGCAGAGCUUGUAGGUACAUACUUCCUUAUCUUUGCAGGUUGCGCGGCAGCUCUUGUAAACGAAGUUCAAACACUAACCAUCGUGGGAAUAGCAAUAGUAUGGGGCCUAGUUCUGAUGGCAGCAAUAUACGCACUUGGGCAUAUCUCUGGUGCUCAUUUCAAUCCUGCAGUCACUCUAGCCCUGGCUGCUGCCCGCAAAUUUUCAUGGAAACUUGUACCUAUGUAUCUGUUGGCUCAAUUGCUGGGAGCAGCCCUCGCUAGCCUGACCCUCAGAGUAUUGUUUCAUGACCAAGGUGGCAUCCAAGCAACAAUGACCCAAUACAAAGAUUCAACUAGUGAUCUUGAAGCCAUCACAUGGGAAUUCAUAAUCACUUUCAUAUUGAUGUUCAACAUAUGUGCUGUCGCUACUGAUCACAGAGCGAGCAGAGAUCUCGCUGGAGUUGCAAUAGGUGCUACACUGCUGUUUAACGUCAUUAUAGCAGGGCCAAUCACAGGAGCUUCGAUGAACCCUGCAAGAAGUUUAGGCCCUGCUGUUGUCUCUGGUGUUUACAAAAACCUUUGGGUCUUUAUUGUAGCUCCUAUUCUUGGAGCAAUGGCUGCAACUUUGGUGUACAGUAUACUUCGAGUACCGAAACCAGAAAAACCUGACGAGAGCACCAAAAGCAUGUAUAAUGAACUUUAUAUUCACCCUGAAGUCUAAUCCAUAGCUAUCCUACUCUCAUAGAUGGAGAGUUCAUCAAUGGAUUAUUUUGAUCUAUGCCUGACAGCAAUGUUAAAAUAGUCUUUACUAGGGAAGCUCACUCAA